AUGGAUUACGCUGCCAUCUCCAGGCCGCCGCCGCCGCCGCCGCCCCAUCGACGUCACACGGUCUUGCGGAGGACCCGCUUCGUGUGCGUCUCCGACACCCACAACAUCGCCGUCAAACUGCCGAAAGGCGAUGUGCUGAUCCACGCCGGGGACCUGACGAACCAGGGCAGCUACUCCGAGUUAUCGCGGGCCGUCCAAUGGCUUGAGAAGGCCGAUUUUGAAACCAAAAUUGUCAUCGCAGGCAACCAUGACUUGACUCUGGACCCGGUCUUCUACGCCCAGCAGGGGAACCACUUCCACAACCAAAAGCCACAGUCUCCCCGGGCCUGUGCGGCACUCUUGACCGGCUCUCCCACCAUCACGUAUCUCAAACACGAAUCAGCAACGGUCCGCCUCGCCUCACCUGCGGGUCCGCAUACUUGCUUCUCCGUCUUCGCAUCGCCGUACUCGCCGCGCAACGGCCUGUGGGCAUUCGGGUACGACGCGCCUCAGCACGGCGGCGUCGGCGCCACUGCCGACCUGCCCACGUUAUGGGAUGACAUCCCGCUCGACGCAGACGUCGUGGUGACGCACACGCCGCCACACACCCACUGUGACGAGUCUCGCGUUCGGCGGGCUGCGGGGUGCGAGGCGCUGAGACGCGCGCUGUGGCGGGUCAGGCCACGGCUCGCCGUCUGCGGACACGUCCAUGAAGGCCGCGGGGUGGCACGGGUUCGUUGGGACCUCGAGUGCGGCAACACCGCCUUCAAGGAGGAAGGCGUCGAGGGCUGGGACGAUCCGGGACACGGGAACAAGCAGUCCCUCGUGAACCUGACGGCCAAGGGCGGUAACCCAUUGCGCAACGACGGCUCGCAUACGGCGAAUAGCCGUUCGCCCGGCGUGGGAGAGGUUGCCGUUCCCGGGCUGUCUGCUCCGGGCAAGACCUCCGAAAGUACGGCGCAACCUGGGCUCGGCACGCGGGGACUCGGGGGAGACCCGACCUCGCCACGGAGCGACACCGCGGUGCUGGCCGGACGGCUGGGCCGGCGGGAGACGUGCGUAGUCAACUGCGCCAUCAUGGCCAAGAGCUACCCCCACGUCGGCGGCAAGACGGUCAACAAGCCCAUCGUCGUGGAUCUGGACCUGCCGGUGUGGGAGUGGACGCGCGACGGCAUGCCUCGACUCGUGUACACGGAAGACGGGUGA